AUGUCGUCAGCGGAGGAGACACCUAUCAAGCAAGAUGCUGCUGCCGCAGAGACACCAUCAGAAUCAGUCGAGCAAUCUCAGGUCGACGGCAGCGGCCCAGAGGGCAAUGGCUCUGAACUGACCGACACCAAGUUCAAUGUCGAGGUCAAGCUUGCCGACUUGCAGGCCGACCCGAACAACCCUCUGUUCUCGGUCAAGUCAUUCGAAGACCUGCAACUCUCCGAGGCACUCCUCAAGGGCAUCCGCAACAUGAAUUUCCGCAAACCGUCCAAAGUUCAAGAAAAGGCCUUGCCUCUACUUCUGUUGAACCCACCAACCAACAUGAUUGCACAAUCUCAAUCCGGAACUGGCAAGACUGCUGCCUUUUCACUCAACAUCCUUUCCCGCAUCGACCUCGCCAACCCCGAACCCCAGGCAUUGGCGCUCGCGCCCAGUCGAGAGCUUGCUCGUCAGAUUUUGGGUGUCAUCACUCACAUGGGACAGUUCAUGGACGGUCUCAAGACCAUGGCUGCCAUUCCUGACCCGUCACGUAGAGGACAGCAGUUCAAUGCGCAGGUCCUGGUCGGCACACCAGGAACAGUCCAGGACAUGCUCAGGCGGCGGUUGAUCAACUCCAAGUACAUCAAGAUCCUCGUCUUGGAUGAGGCAGACAACAUGCUAGACCAGCAGGGUCUGGGUGACCAAUGUACCCGUGUCAAGGCACUGCUACCCAAGGAUAUUCAGACUGUCCUCUUCUCUGCUACCUUCCCGCCCAAUGUCAUCGCAUAUGCGAAGCGUUUCGCGCCCAACGCAAACACACUUACUCUAGCACACGAGGAGCUGACCAUCGAAGGUAUCAAGCAAUUGUACAUUGAUAUCGACAAGGACAAUGACAAAUACGCCACUCUACUCAAAUUCUACGGCUUGAUGACGCAAGCUUCGUCCAUCAUUUUCGUGCGUACACGAAAGACUGCCGAGGAGCUGGAGCAGCGCAUGGUAGCCGAGGGCCACAAGGUCGCGCAACUGAGCGGUGCUCUAGAGGGUCCCGAGCGUGACCGUAUCAUUGACCAGUUCCGUUCUGGAGAGGCCAAGGUUCUCAUCACCACCAACGUGCUCGCGCGUGGUAUCGAUGUACAGUCCGUCACCAUGGUUAUCAACUAUGAUGUCCCGACCAUGGCAAACGGCAUUGAUGCAGACCCCGAGACCUACCUCCACCGCAUUGGUCGCACCGGUCGUUUCGGACGUGUCGGUGUUGCUUUGACCUUUGUACACGACAAGGCAAGCUGGCAGCAACUGCACGCGAUUGCCUCAUACUUCAGGACCGACCUACACCCCAUCGACACAUCGGACUGGGACGCUGUCGAAGAUAUGAUUCAGACCGUCAUCAAGUCCUCGCGAGCCGGAAAGACGACAGAAGAGAUGACGGAGAUGAUUACCAAGGGAUCAUAA